AGGCAUUCAGAAAUCUGCCUUUGACCGUCGUACUCUCUCUCUCUGUCCCCUGCUUCUCUCUCUCUCUCUCUCUCUGAGUACAAAGGGGAAAACUGCAGAAGACGAGAGAAGAGAAGGGGGGUGAGGUGACAAAGCUAUAUAUAUAUAUAUGCACACAAUUGAAGACCAUAUAGAUUAGAUAAAGUAAGCGAGAGAGGAGAGAUCAGAGAGGCGAAGAAGAUUCUCCAGUCUCCGACACAGACAUCCCCCCCCUCUUAUCAUCACCCACCAUCGCCUUUUAGCCGUUCUUGCAGACCCAGAGAGAGAGAGAAGAUAGAGAGAGAGGGGGCUGUGAUAAUAGUGGGAUGAUUAUAAUCAUCAUCAGCAGCAGCAGCAGCAACAGCAAGCAGCAGCAACUUCGAAGUGGGAUGAUUUAAAGGGGAAAAAGCAACCCCUUGCCCUUUUCUUGAUUGAUGAAUUGAUGAUCGAAUCCAUGACUGUCUGACUGACUGACCCUUUUAUUAGUUCUCCAAGAACAAACAACUUCUAACACCACCGCCACCGCCAUUAUUAAACGCACUCACACUCGCCUCGUAUCUCUCCUGUCCUGCUUUGUGCGAUUGAUUUUGGGUCGGGGUUGGAGCUCGAUUGGAUCCAUCUGACGGCUUAGAUCUCCUCGUCUCCCACCCCCAAAUCGUACGGCGAGGGCUCCUCCCUCAGCUUCCACCCAACCCCUCCUUUCCGUUUUGGGUCACCCUUUCUCUCUCCCCUCCCCCGAAAAAUGUAAGCAAAAAAUUCCCUCUUUUCCCCUCUUCUUCUUCUUCUUCUUCUGCCUCCUCUCUGUAUGUAUCGAAUCAUUUAUGUUCAGCAAACUGCACAGAAUGAGAUAGCGACAUAUUCCAAGGAAGUUGAGCUAUUAAAUCAUGGAGCCUAACAAUCAUGGGAGGCAGAGGAGAAGGGAUCAUCAUGUUCAUGCAAACGGUGAAGGCAGUCUGGCGUAUCCUCAUGGUGAUUUAGAUCCGUGGACUGCAUGGGCAUACAGGCCUCGCACAAUUACGCUCUUACUUGUCGGAGCAUGUUUUCUGAUAUGGGCUAGUGGAGCUCUUGAUCCCGAAGGCAGUUCCCCUGGAGACAUUGUUAUUUCUGUAAAGAGGGGUGUGUGGGCAAUGAUUGCAGUUUUUCUUGCUUACUGCUUGUUGCAAGCACCUUCAACAAUUCUGAUCAGACCACACCCUGCAAUUUGGCGAUUGGUUCAUGGAAUGGCUGUUAUCUACCUUGUGGCUCUUACCUUCUUGCUGUUUCAGAAGCGUGAUGAUGCCAGGCAAUUCAUGAAGUUUCUCCAUCCUGAUCUCGGUGUUGAACUUCCAGAAAGAUCUUAUGGUGCUGAUUGCCGUAUUUAUCUUCCUGAUAAUCCUGCAAGCAGGUUUAAGAAUGUUUAUGAAACACUUUUCGAUGAGUUUGUGCUAGCUCAUAUUCUUGGAUGGUGGGGUAAGGCAAUAUUGAUUCGCAAUCAGCCAUUGCUGUGGGUGCUUUCUAUUGGAUUUGAGAUGAUGGAGCUUACUUUUUGUCACAUGUUACCGAAUUUCAACGAGUGCUGGUGGGAUAGCAUUGUUCUUGACAUUUUGAUCUGCAACUGGUUCGGCAUAUGGGCUGGAAUGCAUACGGUCAGAUACUUUGAUGGAAGAACAUAUGAAUGGGUCGGUAUAAGCCGACAACCAAAUGUCAUCGGCAAGGUGAAACGGACAUUGGGGCAGUUUACACCAGCGCAAUGGGACAAAGACGAGUGGCACCCUCUGCAAGGCCCCUGGCGUUUUAUUCAAAUUCUCACUCUCUGCAUUGUCUUCUUGACCGUCGAGCUUAACACAUUCUUUCUCAAGUUUUGCCUUUGGAUACCUCCCCGUAAUCCCGUGAUUAUAUAUAGGCUGAUACUCUGGUGGCUCAUUGCUAUCCCGACAAUACGUGAAUAUAAUUCCUAUCUCCAAGACAGGAAAACAGUGAAGAAGGUGGGUGCUUUUGUUUGGCUCUCCCUUGCCAUUUGCAUAGUCGAGCUUCUCAUUUGCAUCAAAUUUGGCCAUGGUUUAUAUCCGAAACCAAUGCCUUUGUGGUUGGUGAGUUUCUGGUCAGUUGUAGGAGUAGGCCUCCUAGUUUUCUUGGCGGUUUGGUCAUGGCAAAUCCAUCAACGGAUGAAGAGAAAAAGGCGAUAGGAUCUCCCAAAAUUCUUUCAUUUGAUUUGAUUUCCCAGUUUCUGUUCCCCUCCCCCCCUUGUGAAUACCUAUGUUUUCUGGAAAAUUGUAAAUCCUUAUUUGAUUAGGUUUAGUUGGUGUGAUUUUCUUUUUAAGUGAGCGUGGUUGAAAACUUACAAGUCAGAUGAAAAUUGUGAACAUGUAGUUCAGUGUAUGCUAGUCACUAGUUCGGUAUUGUCAUAUUGCUCGAUUCCUUUUGUUUUUUUCCGUCUAAACUUCACAGAGCUUGAGCCUCUGCAUUGUAACUGAUUCAUUGUUCUCUGUCUCAUAAAUUUUUGAAAUCCAUUUUGUGGUUGAUAUUUUUGGCAGCA